CUUGAAGAAACUGUGAGGGGGGAAUAAAAAAAUAGCUAGCUACACUGUUUAUAAAAAAUAUAUAUUAAUCAUUAACAUAUCGUCACUAUUUCCUAAGGGAAUGCAAAAUGUACCCCAAGUGAGGAUGUGUAGGUAAUGCUCUCUGAGCUCUGCGGGACGCCAUGUCUGAAGAAUCGAUCUCAGGAAGUGACCUGGACCCUAGCGUUAACAGUGAAGAGGAGGAUCUGGAAGAGGAAGAGGAGGAGAUUGAUGAUGAUGGUGACAACGAUGGGGAUGAUGAAGAUGAUGCAGUCGAGCGGCCAGAGAGUGGCCAUGGCAGUACAGAGAUGGAGACCCAGGGAGGGAGGGACUCCCCCUCAGCUACCUCACCCUCGGAAGAGCCUCCCUCUGGGCCCCCGUCUCAGCCCACCUCCAGGCCUUCCUCCCAGCCUAACUCGAGACCUGCGUCUCGCUCCCAGCCCCCGUCUGGCGAUGGCUCCCAGCCCUCAUCCCGUCCUGAGAGCCCCAGUCAGGACAAGCCCUUUGUGGACAAAAAGCCCGCCUCCAGGCCUUCCUCCCAGCCCAACUCGAGACCUGCGUCUUGCUCCCAGCCCCCGUCCCGUCCUGAGAGCCCCAGCCAGGACAAGCCCCCUGCGGGCAAAAAGAAGAAACCAAGGGCAUCCAAGGCUUCAAAGUCCCAGGCCCCUUCGUCCGGUCCUGAGAGCCCCAGCCAGGACAAGCCCUCUGCGGGCAAAAAGAAGAAACCAAGGGCCUCCAAGGCUUCAAAGUCCCAGGCCCCUUCGUCCGGUCCUGAGAGCCCCAGCCAGAACAAGCCCUCUGCGGGCAAAAAUAAGAAACCGAGGGCCACCAAGUCUAAGGACCCUAAGCCUGCUAAGACCUCUAAACCAGCACACAUGAGGAAGAACAUCAGGAAGCUGCUAAAGGAGCACCAGAUGGAAGCAGUGACCAAGGCAGCCCAGCAGGAGGAGUUAGAGAGGCUGAGGCGUCUGGAGCAGCAGAGGAAGGACUAUACAGCACCACCUGUCACAGAUUGUCCUCCCCCAGAAUCGGUGUUGAGGCCUGGGGAGGAGGAUUGUCAAGGUCAGGGGUCGUUAGAGGCUGCUUUCCUAGCCAGGCAGGACGUCAUCUGCCUGGACAGCAGUGACAGCAGUGAGGAGGAGGAGAAGCAGGAGGAUGUCAAGCCACCAGCUAUCCCCAUUAUCAGACUGGCUAUCAGACCCGCUGUCAGACCUGCUAUCAGAGACGACGUGAUCGAGCUGAGCUCCGGGGACGACGAUGCCCUGCAGAUCAGCAGUGAGUCGGCCAAUGAGGACGAGGACGAAGGUGUGGGGGGCACGGCGGAGAGCAGCGGCGCGCACAUCAACGACUCGCUCAACCAACCAGAUGCCCAGGGGAGGGUCCUAGUUAAUAUCAACCACCCCGCAGAGGAGGAAGACCUGUUCCUCGCCCCACAGCUGGCCCGUGCCGUCAAACCUCACCAGGUUGGUGGGAUCCGGUUCCUCUAUGAUAACCUGGUGGAGUCUCUGGAGCGCUAUAAGGGCAGCAGCGGGUUUGGCUGUAUCCUGGCCCACAGCAUGGGUCUGGGCAAGACCCUGCAAGUCAUCUCAUUUAUAGACAUCCUGCUCAGACACACCGGGGCCCACACCGUACUGGCCAUCGUCCCUGUGAACACCCUUCAGAACUGGCUGGCGGAGUUUAACCUGUGGCUUCCCACCCAAGAGGCCCUUCCCCCUGAUAGUGACCCUGCCAUCCUCACAGGACGCACUUUCAGAGUCCACAUCCUCAAUGACGAGCACAAAACCACGGUGGCUCGGGCUAAGGUAGUGGAGGACUGGUCCAGGGAUGGAGGUGUCCUCCUGAUGGGGUAUGAGAUGUACCGCCUGCUGUCCCUGAAGAAGAGCUUUGUGACAGGCAAGAAGAGGAAGUCUAAGAAGCCCCAGGGACCCGUCAUCAUCGACCUGGACGAAGAGGAGAGGCAGCAGGAGCUCAUGAAAGGUAUGGAGAAGGCCCUGGCCAGACCCGGUCCAGACGUGGUGAUCUGUGAUGAGGGCCACCGCAUUAAGAACUGCCACGCCAGCACCUCGCAGGCCCUGAAAAACAUCCGCUCCAGGCGACGUGUGGUCCUCACAGGAUACCCCCUCCAGAACAACCUAAUAGAGUACUGGUGCAUGGUGGACUUUGUCAGGCCUGAUUUCCUGGGCACCAGGCAGGAGUUCAGUAACAUGUUCGAGAGGCCCAUUCUGAACGGGCAGUGUGUGGACAGCACGCCGCAGGAUGCCAGGGUGAUGAGAUAUCGAAGUCACGUCCUCCAUAGUCUGCUGGAGGGCUUCGUCCAGAGGCGAGGCCACGACGUACUGAGGGACCAGCUCCCCUCCAAGGAAGAGCAUGUGAUCAUGGUGCGCCUGUCGCCCCUGCAGAGGGCCCUUUACACUGAGUUUAUGAACCGCUUCAGAGAGGCAGGCAACAGCGGCUGGCUGGGCCUCAACCCACUCAAGGCCUUCUGCGUCUGCUGCAAGAUCUGGAACCAUCCUGACGUGCUGUACGAGACCCUUCAGAAGGAGAACCUAGCCAACGAGCAGGACCUAGACCUGGAUGACAUCACGGCGGCCGCCAACCCUCGCUGCCCCGGCGCCAGCCUGAAGGCCAAAGUUGCCGACUCAGCCAACAGCCGGGUCAACGUCGCCCUGCCCCCGCUCAACCCCAUCCAGGAGAGAGCCAAUCAAGUCAUCACCUACGAAUGGGCCAAGGACAUCAUGAACAACUACCAGACUGGGGUUCUGGAGAACUCUGCCAAGAUGCUGCUGCUCUUCCACCUGAUCGAUGAGAGUGUGAGCAGAGGAGACAAGAUCCUGGUCUUCAGUCAGAGCUUGUCCACCCUGACAGUCAUUGAAGGCUUCCUGUCCAGACGGCCAUUGCCAGCAGGCCGAGUCUCCCCUGACAACCAAGGCCAGAACCAGACCUGGGUCCGCAAUAUCAACUACUACAGGUUGGAUGGGAGUACGUCUGCCUCCGAGAGAGAGAAACUCAUCAACCAGUUCAACGACCCAGAGAACACCUCCACAUGGGUCUUCCUCUUGUCAACAAGGGCGGGCUGCUUGGGUGUGAACCUAAUCGGGGCCAACCGGGUGGUGGUAUUUGACGCGUCAUGGAACCCGUGUCACGAUGCCCAGGCGGUGUGUCGGGUGUACCGUUAUGGCCAGAAGAAGCGCUGCCACAUCUACCGCCUGGUCUGUGACUUCACCCUGGAGAAGAAGAUCUACGACCGGCAGGUCUCCAAGCAGGGCAUGUCUGACCGCGUGGUGGACGACCUGAACCCGGUACUGACUUUCACCCGCAAGGAGGUGGAGUCGCUGCUGCACUUUGCAGAGGAGGAGCCUGACCUGGCCAAAGCCCCUCUGCAAUCUCACGAAGAGAUGGAGACGGUCAUCAGCCAAGCCUGUCAGAUCUACCCCCACCUCAUCACUAAGGAACCCUUCCAUCAUGAGUCUCUGCUGGUGGACCGGAAGGAGUCCAAGCUUACUAAAGCAGAGAAGAGAGCUGCUAAGAAGAGCUAUGAGGACGAGAAGCGUGCCUCUGUGCCCUACUCUCGCCCCUCCUACGCCCACUACUACCCAACCAGCGACCAGACCCUCACCAACAUCCCAGCCUUCAACCAGCGCAACUGGCGUCCCAUAGCUCGGGGUGAUGAGAAGCCCAUGGCCAGCGUCCGGCCCGUCCAGUCCACCCCCAUCCCUAUGAUGCCUCGCAUGGCGGGCAUGGGCAUGGCCGGCUCCAGCUCCGGGGUCAGCUUCCCGGUCAACUACCUGCAGAAGGCCGGUGUUUAUGUCCAGAGGAUCGUCACUACCACUGAUAUAGUGAUCCCUGGAGCCAACAGCACCACGGAUGUCCAGGCACGUAUCGGUGCAGGAGAGAGCAUCCAUGUGAUCAAAGGGUCAAAAGGUACCUACAUUAGGACCAAUGACGGGAGGAUUUUUGCCAUCCGCUCAGGGAAGCUCAGCAGAGCAGUGCAGGGAGGAUCUGCUACUAACAGAGGUUCCCAGGCUUCCCUGCUCCACGCCAUCGGUAACGGCUGUUUGUCUCCCAUGGAGCGCCAGCGGCUGAGCCCCGACAGCGCAUCGCGUCCCUCCACCCCCGAGAGCCCCGAGAUUCUCAGAGAGCUCAGCCGCUACGCCGUCAACGUGGAUACCGUCGCCAUGGGCAAUGAGCUGCCGUCGCCGUCGGACAUGGUUACAGGGGAUGGAGAGGGAGGGAGCAGAACGCAGCAGUACAGUCAGAACACGGAGUCGGACCUCAGUCGGCAGCUCAGAGAGGACAUCGGAAUGAGCAUCAGCGAGGCUCUGCGAUGCUCCAAACGCAAGAUGGCCGCAGCAGCGGGUGGAAACAAGCAGGCGGGGGGCAAACGCAGCUCAUCUGCAACCGGGUUCCCGGGUCUCUCCCUGGGUAGUGGAGGGCUCAGCUUCCCCCCCCUGAACCAGGCCCUGCUGGGGGGACACAUGAGCCACCCGAUGCUGAUGGGAGGCAGCUCCUCAUCCCCGUUCCUCCAGUCAGCAGGACAGACUCUGGGAGACCUGCAGACCAUGUUCCCCUCGGCAGGGGCGGAUCUCCUCAGCCAUGCCUCCUCAGCCACAGGAAACAAUGGUCACCUCCCCUCAUCCUCCACCUCCUCCUUGUCCUCCACCUCUUUCUCCUCCACCAUUAACACCAUGCCCAUGUCCUCGGCCUCAACAUCCUCCUCCUCCUCCACCCUUCCCCCCUUCCUGAUGAACCCCAGCGUGACUGGUCUGCUGUCCCCAGGCUUCCCUCUGAACUACAGUCAGUCCCUGCUGCCUGAGCCCACGAUGUACCCCAACACCCUGGGAGGAGGCCCGGCCAGCACUGGAGGAAGCUCCAGCUUCCUCUCCCACUUCCCCUCAUCCCCCUCCAGCCUCCUGGGUGCAGCGCUCAGCCAGCCCGACUCCCACCACCUAGCCAUGGAGAACGGUGGCAGCAGCUCGGACGAUGAUGUCAUUGAGGUGACAGGACAAUGAGCAUUCUUAAACUCUGACAACCCCCCACCCCAGCUCUAACAUGGCUAACCUUCAUAGCCCCCCCUACACACACACACACACAGACUCUCCCAUGAGCGAAUGAGUGAGAGAGAAUGAGUUGUACCUCAUGUGCUUACCAAGACAGAGUAACAAAUCCUUAUGCUGAAUAUCUUACUGAAGAAGAGACUGAAGAUUUGCCCGAGCCCCUGAGGUUGGUGAGGCUGAGCACUGGAGACCAUGGAUGGGAAUGGAUUGACAUUUUGUUGAGAGGAACCAGUUGAGAUGAACAUGGGGCUUCCAAGCACUCCCUCUCCGGCUAUAUCUUCUAGCAUUGCCCGCCAUCCCCUUAUUAGACCCCCAUGACGAUCUCUGAGGCCAGUCAGGACACUGUCUGAUCUGAGCUCACAUCAGAUGGAACUAUGUAAUCAUCUGUUGGACCGUUUGCAUAAAAAAAAAAAAAAAAAAGUGCUUUAGAGUCGUUAGCUGUUUGCUAGAUAUUGUAGCGUCCCUCUGUUGGAAAGGAUGACAAGACAAUACAGUAUAUGUGACCUGGAUGUUUUGAUUCUACUAAUAUUCUAAACUGAUCUUGUUGAUAUUUUGUAAAUGGUGGUUAUAAUCAUUAGUUGUUUAUACAGAGAGUUCAGACUGGGCCAGGGUUGAGUUAAAAGUUCAAGGGGAAGGGUUGGAUAGAGAGACAGUAUGUUCUUAUGAUCAAGUUGUCAUAAUGACGGCAACGCCCUUAGCUUGGUUGCCGAGGCGGCCAUUUGAGUUACUUUUAUUUCAAAGAGAGACCUUAAAAGGUCAAAUGAAUGUACAUCCAUGUCAGCCUUUUGAUAACAUGGGGGGCUGACCUGGGUGGGUUCGGACAAUGUGUUCUCAUUCGUUCGUUUAGCCUUAAACGACACUAAGGGGUCUUUUUCUUGAAUCUUAGCAUUUACACCUUUAGUGCACCCUUUCCCCUUCGUAACAACUUCAGACAGAACUACUGAGCAUCCAGACAGGUUGGUGUCCAACUCAAGGGACAGGCUCCACUAGCUCUAGUUUGAGCAUUACGUGCAGCUUGCCAACACUCUGCAAGCUGCACGUAACACCCUGGACCAGAGCUAUAAAAACACUAAGACACUUGCACUAUACAAAUAGGGAUAUGGAUCAUAUACAGUCACAAACGGUUUAUAGUUCUGGGCCCAUAUUUAUCAAGUGUCUCAUAGUAUGAGUGCUGAUCUAGAAUCAGGUCCCCUUGUCCAUGUAAUGUUUUCAUUAUGAUCAAAAAGGCUAAACUAACCCUAGAUCGGCACUCCUUCUCUGAGACGCUUUUAUGAAUACAGGCCCUUAAAGCAUCCAUUGGAGCCAUAGGUUUACUCUGUAGCAUGACUGGGUGUAUACCUGCAGAAGGCGACAAACCCACAACCAUUUAGCUACAGUAGUUAACAAUGACUACAGUAACCCACCAUGGACUGUGGCCAUUUGUGUGGCAUAGUUAAGCCAGCCCGUUGUGUUGGUAUGGAUGGAUUGAUGGCCUUACCCAAUGAGAAGCAAGCAGCACACAGGAGUAGCCUGUCUGAGGUAGCUAGGUGUAUCCCUGACCGCACGGCAGACAGACAGUCCGUGUAAGUAGCUUCUCUCAGUAGUGUAUCUCUGUAGCUCUACAGUGCUUUGGGUCUGUCUGUACUGGUCUGUACUGGUCUGUGCUGUUCUGUGGUUGGUUGAUACGUUUUUCUUUCUGUGAUGUCAUCUCAAAAUCAUAACAUGAGGGGAAUGGAUCGGGCCUCCAGGUUAUUUUUCUCCACUGGAAUUGUACAUGGAACUCAAGUUGGACUACAGGAGCCAGGAUAAAUGUCUGAUAUAUAUAUAUAUAUAUAUUACCCACGUUUGUGUGGAGUUUCAGUUUAGUCUCAACUCCCUAUUCCACCUAUUGGACUAUAAAAGAAUGGGGGAUUCCACCACACGCCCCUCACAACCUCAACUCUACCCACCCACUACUGCUUACUUACCUGUCCUUAUCCUUACAGCCUGUUUCUAGUCGAUCAUGUAUGUUGGAUGUUUUCCUCCACCUCACCUCGCAACCUCCUUAACCUUUUUCUAGUUGACCCGGUCUUGUGUCCAUCAAAUGAUUCAGCCAAUCAUCCCAGUCCUUUUAAGAGAGAUGAUUAUUUCCUUGGAGGAAGAAGCCCCAUCCUCCCUCCCAAUCAAAAUUGUUUUACUGUGCUUCUUUUUGUUUGUUUUAAGUGUCAUCAUGAGGAGAACUCCGUAUCCAUAUGUAAUUUUUAGUUUUAUUUAGUAGCAAUGUUUUUUUUUUUAACAUCUUGAUGUUGGCUCGCCUCUACUAGUUUGUCCUUUUAUUUCAAUGUAUGAAUUUACCAAAAUUAUUUAUUUAUAAUGAUCUAAAUGAAUUCAUCUGUCUUUUUUUUGUACAUUAUGCUCUCGUUUUUUAUUCUCUUUUUAUCCACAUUGAUCUUUUCACCAGUGUCUGUGAAAGAGCAGACCAGUGUCUGUGAAAGAGCAGACCAGUGUCUGUGAAAGAGCAGACCAGUGUCUGUGAAAGAGCAGACCAGUGUCGCAAACUGACUGUGUGAGAUCAGAAGUCAGUCACCACAUGUAUCCAGCAUAGAGGCGAGCAUAAAAUGACGACUGUGUUACUUUGUUAAUAUUAUUUUAACAGUGAAUAAAACACUUAUCUUGCGUUAUUA